AUGGCAAAAAUCAUUCUGAGGCACCUCAUAGAGACUCCGGUGCGUUACCAAGAGGAGUUUGAAACUCGACGUUUGGAAGACUGCAGGCUGGACCAUGCUUUAUAUGCACUGCCUGGGCCAACCAUUGUGGAUCUUAAAAAAGCCAAGGCUGCCCAGGCUACUCAAGCGGACUCGGUGGCCGAGAUGUCACAAGAUGGUAAAUCCCAAUUUCAGAUCCUGCUGGAUGUAGUCCAGUUUCUCCCUGAAGAUAUCAUCAUUCAGACCUUCGAAGGCUGGCUGUUGAUUAAGGCUCAGCAUGGAACCAGAAUGGAUGAACAUGGCUUUAUCUCAAGAAGCUUUACCCGACAGUAUAAGCUGCCAGAUGGUGUUGAAAUCAAAGAUUUGUCUGCAAUCCUCUGCCAUGAUGGAAUUUUGGUGGUGGAAGUAAAGGAUCCAGCUGGGACAAAGUGA